UUUUCGACGAUGAGAAAACAAAAACACAACAAAAGGGUGCAUUUUAUUAUUAAUUAUUAUUAUUUUAUUAUUGAUGGACGUCGUUUAUCCGUAGAAGGAAAAGGAAAUUCGGAUUGAAAAAUCCCUAUUAAGUGGCUGCCGUUACUCAUUCCCGAUAUCGUCGGUUGUCGCGAAAAGAUACGUGGAUUGUGAAUCACCUGCCCGCCCACGCAAUAUCCCGUGUACGUGUGUUGACAAUUGCCGCACGGCCAUCAGGACGGAAAGCUAGAAAAAACAGCCCAAUUUUCUACUGCUGCUACGGUGCGUGUGUUUGCUCAAUAUUCUGGUUUACAUUUUUGAUGUGCUCAUCACUCCGCUGGAAUUCAAAAAAGUAAAGUCUGGUAUGUGGGUACCCACUGGCUAAUGGUGGACUGUGUGUGACCUGAAGUGAAAAGUGAAAAUUAUUUUUGUUUGCGUUCGCCAGCAGUAGAUGUUGGGGACAUUAUAAUUCGAUUAAAAUCGAACCAAGUCUUGUUUUUCCCCUUUCUAUCGCUGCGUGACGUCACUUGUGAAAAGCGAAAAUCAAAACACAAUCGACGGAACAAUGCAUUCCGUUGGAGGAUUCCGCGGAACGGGAAGUGGCAGCAGUAGCGGAGCCACCGGAAACAGCUCCACCCGGGAGCCGAACAAACGCUUCUCGAUCCACGACGCGUUCGAGGAGGAAACCGAUGAGGUGAUCAAGGUUUACGGUUCCACGGUGAUAUCGACCCCGAUGAGAGCCAAAGCUCGCUCCCCGGAUGAUGUAUCGAUAAGGAUUCAUCACGACCAGAGGACUCUAAAGUACACCGAUGAUACCACCUCCAGGGAUAGCGACUCGCUGAUACAGGAAUACGGGAAUCUGUCGUCCAACGAUACGUACACCUACUGCUGGCGGCAUCCGAAGGUGCGGGAGAACUGGCGAACCGUGCUGGCCGCCGCGACCCUGCUCGUCAUCGGAACCGGCCUAAUAGCGAUGGGCGCGUACGCGAUAGCCGAACCACACAACGGGUCCCAGGCCGCGGUGUUCUUCGUGGCCGGAUUCAUCUGCUUCGUGCCGGGAGCCUACCACGUGGUUUACAUCUGGCUAGCUGCCCGGGGCUAUCGGGGCUUCGAUUUCUACCAUCUGCCAUUGUUCACGUAAGGAUAGUUCUCUUUAUCGAAUCCGGUAGUAGUCGAAGGUCCCGAACCUCUCACAGUGACCAGUGUGCGCAGCAGAUGGAUGAACAACUCUAGCGCCCUUUUUGUAGUAGGUACAGACAGGUUGAUCGAGAGCUCAUCACUACUGCGACGCUUACUUCCUUUUGGGGAUAAUCUAAACCGGAAGUUAGGCAGGCAUCCUUAGCUUAAUAAUGAUAGACACGAAAUGAUGAUUCAUACUCUCUCUCUACAUACAUACAUAGAUAACGAUAUACUCACGUACCCUACUGUCGUCUCAACGUGAAUACUUUGGCAUUCGAAUGAACAGAAGCUCACAAUCAGAAACGGAGAUGUGAUUAAAUUGUAAGUUUAUUGUAAGCAUUUUAGGUUCGCGAAGUAAGAAGAAAUACAAUACAACGUUCUCUGUUUACAGUAGAGCUUUUUAGGCCAGACUUAUAAUAGGUGAUCGAUAUUUGCAGAUUUAUAAAUUAUUUGUGUUUUUUUUCUUGUAGUAAAGGCUAAGGCUGAAUAUACAAUCCAGUUUGUAUAGGCACGUAUAUUAUAUAGGAAUAUGUAAUUAAACAAUUUCAACUGAUCAUGACAAACGAAAGCUUAUGCAGCACUGUUUUAUUCAAUCGCUCGGGAAACUCCUUGAGAACCAUCACCUUUGCCGUCGUCAUCAUCGUAUCCGAAUAUGUACUUACAAUUUUUGAUGCAGUAGUCUCACUGGAAUAGGUUCGCAAAUUUUCGUAAGAAUUUUAAAGAGUAUUUUUACGGGUGAGUGUCGUCCAAUAUGUCUACAAACUUCAAAUAAAUUCUCCAGUUGAAAGUUUAAUAUAUUCAAAAAAAAAGUAUCCUCCAUUAGAUUCAAAGUUUGCUUAAGCGAUACUCGCUUUAGAAAAGGUACAUUAUCGCAAGGCAAACAAUCGAAGUGUGCAGAAAUAAAACCAUUAUUUUUGAUUUUAGUACAAGAACUUUGAAAAAUUUCAAGUUUUUCGAUUUCGAAAUUCAUUCAUUGCCACAGCUCUAACAAUGAAACGUUUUGGAAUUAUCUGAAAUCUGUAUUAAAAGUCCCAUAAAUUAACUGCUAAAUCCUCAUAUACCUUUUAGGUGCCCUACUUUUCAUCUUCCAGUGGGUUUGACAACCAGGAUUUUUGGGGGCACCAUCAAUCAAUGUAUUGCCUUCCUCAUCUGCUUCUGUUACCUCUAGUGACUAUACUAUUGGCUACUUACUCCAUUCAUCAGUGAGCGUUUUCGAUUGAACUCAAUCGAAAACGCUCACUGAAGAAGAUGGUAAGUUGCUAUCGAAAUACCGGUAUCUGAACUUUUCUUAUACCGGGGUUGUAUUAAAGGGAAUCUUUCGAUUACUUUGAACCAGUAGAAUUAUUCAACCAAGUAGGCUCACAACAUAUAUAAGGGCAAACAACCAUAUUUCUUGUCUCGAAGACGCGUAAUCAAACUGAUAAAUCUCUAUAUUUCCUGCGUGAGUUGGUGCGCUUAGUGGUAAGUCAAUGGGGUUUUCAAGUUUCAUCGAGACUAAAAUAUGUUACAAAAAAGGUUAUCCUUCAUCUAUUUUCAAACCAUUUAAACACUGGUUUAUUUUAAAUCAUCAACGCAAAAGUAACAGAUUUUUUUUAUGCUUUUGUAAAACGUUUGAAAUGUUGCAGAAGCAUUUUUCAGGCCAAAUGGCAUUCUUGUAAACUUGUUUUUUUUGGCAUUCUUAGGUUCUCUAUCUCAAUAUUAUGGAAGGGGACACUUUCUUUUGGCUAUAGCUACAUUCCUCGUGAUGGGAGAUGAACAAUUUUGACAGCGUUGUGUUGAUUAUAAAAAGUACUUUUUCAACUUUGAUCAUUUUAUAAUGUAUAUGGAACUUAAAUCAAAACAGCAUAAGAACAUACAUAGCUACAAAAAUGUUUGCUGGGAAGUCUCAAGUCUCAGUUUCCAUGCCUCGGGUCUGAAGUCUCAUUUCAUUUGUAAUUGUGAUGAUCCCACAGAUAGCCCAUUCGGAUCCUUCCUCCAUCCCUCCUUCUGAUCAGGUUUAAAGUUCCACUUUUCAUGUCCAUGUCUCAGAUUUCUCUCUAGUCUCCUUAUGACUCACGUAACAUGUCUUACUUCUCAUGUCUCUACUUUCAAGCUUAGAGCUAAGCUUCUCCCAGAAUACUUUCUUUGAGACACCGUGUAAAAAACCCAUGUUAAAAACGUGCAAAAAUCUUGGUGUAGUUUUCACGAGGAAUAUAAAAUCUGAGCGAGCAUCUUCUUCGACAACAUAGUAAGUACAAGUCUCUAGAAUAACAGCCAGAAGGGUCACAUUGGUCAAACUAAAUUGCGUGUAAGUCGAUUAUUUGUUUAUUAAAAAAUAAAAAUAUCUUUAUUUUGGAAAUUCAAUAUGUAUAAAAUACAGAAAAAAUACUCAGUUAAGUUUCCGGUCGACCUAGUUCAAAUUGACGAGGCUUUCGUUGGAUGCCUGUCAUCGGAUUUUGUACAGUCUUCUUAUCCAAGUUCCGGUGUAUUUUGAGGGUUCUUCUUAUCCUUGGGGAUAACCUGAAUGUUGUUAGAGGCAUACCAUUCCAAUCCUGGGUGACGGCCCUGGUUGCAACAAAAAUGUCGCUUUCCAAGCCACCAGGUACAGAUAACUUGCCAAACGAGAUAUUUCAUGGCAAACUUUGAUAGUUUAAAUAAAAUGCUUGAAAAUGUGUGCCACCUUUCCCCUUCCGGUUGCUGUUUAAUACUCUUGCCAGGAAGCUGUCUGAAGUCUGCCUUAGCGUAGGUUUCGUCUUCAAUUACCACGCAAUCAAACUUUGUCAACAAUGUCGUAUACAUCUUCGAAGUUCUUGUUUUUACCGUAAGGUUUUGAUUAUCGUUGUGAUUUGGAGUCACUACCUUCUUAUAAGUCGAUAGUCCAGAUCAUUUUUUAGCUUCGUGCAAAGUUGUAGACAAUAUUCCCAACAACGGACUAGCAGGAAAAAUUCCUUACUGGAAAACAUUAACCGAAAAUAUCUGCUCGACGAGUCGAAAUCGCCCAUAAUCGGACCCAUCUUCGGGAAGAAUUUCCGACUAGGCAUUAUAUUGCUAUUUUGGUCCGGAAAAGUUGGCUGCAGCGUGAAGGAGAAAAAAUGACAGAACGUCAUCACUAGUUCCAGUGGAAAAAGAUGGUGGACGUGCGUGUUAAGCCGCUUAACUUAAGCGCGGAAGAAAAUUAAAGUGGCCACAGAGCUCGUGUGCAUAUUUAUCGUCCCAAGAGGGAAACGCGUGUGCUCCGCUAUGGGUAGAAGGUAAAUAAGCUGAACACCAAGCGAAGCUGCAAGGCGGUUCUUAAUGCUCCGCUUUCUCAUAUAGGUGCCUCGGCUGUUAAACAACGUCUCGGCCAGCAGCUCAGGGACGACGGACGGAUUCAAGUAAGUCAGCUGAAAAAGGAGAACGCAGAAGGAAAGCAAUUCCUCCUGCCCCCCUCCCCAAAUAGCAAAGCAACGCGCUCAUCCGGGAAAAAGCCAAACUCCACGAGAAGAUCAUCGGACAAGAGGUCGAAUUUCGUGAGAACCCCUGGGUGUAAAAACAUAGACCAAAAACUAAAUCGCUAGGACCCCUUUUUUUACAAACAACCUUUGCAAAACUCUUGCAAAGUUUUCGUAACGUUUCCGCCACAUUUUCCACCACAUUCAAAUCAUCAUCCACGUGUCAAGCGCAGAUGUUCCACUGCAUCCGAGCAUAAACAGUCCGGUCAGUAGUGCGACAACAGUAGUUGCUCCCUGAAAGGAGAGAUCAACAGCCAGUAGAAAUGUCCACAUGCAUCCACCCGGACGGCUGUUUCAGCAGUUGUCGAAGUCGAAUCAGCCAGGCGGCUGAUUACCAAUAUCGCCAACGGAACAACAGGGCGGCUGCUCACAGUAGGUGUCGAAUUCCACCUGCCGUGUUGACACGGCCCACAGCCGCCGAACGUCAGAAUAGCAGGCAAAAAGAAAAGCGAAUGACAGGUUUCUGGUUAGGAGAGAAAAGAUAGAUUAAAUAGGGAGAAGAAAAAGAAUUGUCUAAACUAAAACCACCUGUUUGAAGAUUGUCAAUUUCUGAAAACUUCUCAAACUAAAGUUUAAAAGAAAUACGGUUGUAUAACCCAUAAUUCCGUGAAAAGAGAGCGAUCUGAGAAGCUCGAAUGAAGGUUAGUUUCAAUUUUAUGAUUAUCGACAAAAUAUAAGCUCAAUCCUUGUUUUCCGCUAUGUACAGGUACUGCGAGGUUAAGUAAUUCGUUUAACAACCUGCAUAAUCCAACUUCUAGCUAGAGAGCAAUUUAACCAAACUGUUUCAUCGAGAAACGUAAGUCGAAAGAUGUUUAGGAUUGAUAAUUAGUUUCUAACACCAAGAUUCUUCUAGAACGGAGAAACCGAAGUUGAGAUAACCACAUUCCAGUGAUUCUCAGAACUCCUCUCGAUAUAAUAAUUGAAACCAAAUCGGUAAACUGCACACAAUCGACAUCUGUAAAAAGAAAAGGGAAUCGUGAGUACCAAAAUCAAAACCUGAAACAAAAUUAAAUUAUACUUACCUGAAAUUUAUAAAUUAGGUCGGCUGUAAGGCAGCUUUAUUGUAAGGCCAUAGAAAUCAAAAGGGCUAAAUUUGAAGGAAGAUAGGUCACUAAAAUUUGUGAGUAUUAAUCAAAAAUCAAAGUAUUCAUUUAACUAACAGCAGAAAUAAAUUUUAGUUGAGCUGUUUAAGAACUGCUGCAAAAAAAGUGAGCGACUUUGAAUCAUCCAAAAUUUACCGUAACAUGCCGUGUGCAACGGUCGGCAAUCGGUACAGCCGCACGUAGUCGAUCCAGUCGGAAUGGCUGAUCAAGGGUCCUAUUAACGCCGGAACAGCCCGGGUGGCCGCGUUUAGGGUUCAAGUCGGAAGGCCAGGAGGUAUCAGUAUUAACAUCAUCGCCGGAUUAAUCCGGGCGGCUGUAAAAAGCAGUUUUCAUAGCCAAAAAACGUGUGGUCGCUGCGGUGGUCGAGAGUCCAGUCUUUUUAUUAGUUGAUCACCCAGGUGGUAAAUCCUUUUUACGGAUUGCAUUCCAAGGCACGGCGAGCGACCGACUCCCCCCAGUAUGCUACUCUGGUUCCAAUGGGUGCAAUUUGACGACUCAUGAUACUAAGUACUCCUACGCCAUAAAGUCCACCUGGGGUCUCUGGUCAUAAUUCCCAUCCGGACCUGCAUCGAAGGAUGUACCCGAGAUGGGAGACCACGUCCGCGCUAAAGCGCUCAUCGGUAAACUCCAGUUCGAGUCAAAACAAAUACCCUGCCUCUUGUUACGAUUUAAGACUAAGGACCUCUCCUCUAACGACUCGAGGUCCGGCCUAUACUCGCAGGCUCGCUUGGUUUCCAUGACUAUCGUGCGCUCCGCCUCUGUUCGAGACCACUGCAAGAGACCAAUGACCUCUCCUCUAACGACUCGAGAUCUUGGUUUUGCUCGAGGCCCUCUCCUGUUGCCCACCCGUAUGCCGAAUCGAGAGCAGCUUAUCCUGGACGCGCCUAUCACAGCACACGUCCGGGGUUUGACGAACACUACUCCGAUUAUUCCCGGCGAAGACUUCAUCCUCCACCGACUCGAGGGACUCACCCGCCGACGACGUGAAGUCACACUACCCGAGAGUAUUUCGCGGCGUAAAUACUCUUCCCCCUACGAGUUCGACUGCGAAGAAGGUCAAGUCUUAUCCCUGCAGCUUCCCUCGUAGGGAGCGCGUUCUACUCAGAGACUCCGCGGCGGUGGAGGUAUCCUACACAACGUUCGCGACGUACCUAACAGCUCGGCCUUCGCAGAAGGUAGAGUCUUAUCUUUGUAUGCUUUACUGCUAGGAUCGGGCGCAUACUUCUCGAAUGCCCCCCGCCGAAAGGGCAUUCUACUCCGACCGUGGUCCGGUUUACCUCCUCCCUUUUGGCCGGCAACCUUAUGCUUUUUGCCCGCUGUGUGCCGAAUCGAGAGCAGCUUAUCCUGGACUCGCGCCAGUCACAGCGCACGUACGGGUCUUUAACCUUCCGACGUGGACCACUCUACCCGAGAGUACUCCGCGACGUGAAUACUCUUCCCCCUACGAGUUCGACUGCGGAGAAGGUCAUGUCUUAUCCCCACAACCUCCGUCGCAGAGGAUGCUUUCGACUCGGAUACUCCACGACGGAAACCAAGACACAGACGCGCGACGUACCUAACAGCUCGGCAUACGCAGAAGGUAUAGUCUUAUCUUUGUAUGCUUUACUGCCAGGAUCGGACGCACACUACUUAGGUGCUCCCCGACGAAGGAGUCACCCUACACUGGUCGCGAACUGGUGCUGGUUCCAACUCCUCUGCAGGACAGUCAUGAUCCGGGUAAACCCAUCGCUGACCACGCGCCAAGUAUUGGCAUCCUCACACAUCCUCCGCACGAUGUUGUCGGCUGUCGUGUCUGGUCCGCAGGCGGCAAGCAUGUUAGCACCUACCCCUUCGAACCUCGGACAGUUGAACACUACGUGCUCUGAUGUCUCUAUUGUGUCACCGCAGGUUGGACAGGAUGGCGAGGCCACGUGUCUAAACCGAUGGUGGUACUGCAUGAAACAUCCGUGACCAUUCAAGAACUGUGGCAUGCAGAAAUCUACCUCUCCAUGUCUCCGGUCCAUCCAGGGUCCGAUGUAAGGGAUCAAGCGAUGGGUCCAUCGGCCACGUUCCGUUCUGUUCCACUGGUGCUGCCAGUUGGAUAUCGAGGCCUCUCUGGCAUGUUUCCGCACGUCGGGCAAGUGCCUGUGCUCGUAGCAGAAGAUAUCUUCCUCUAACAAGACUGAGAUUGGCAUGACCCCCGCCACAACAUCAGCAGCUACCGAGGACACUAUUCGGUAUGCGUUGAUUACUCGCAGGUUCAUCAGCCGCUGCACUUUGCAGAGCUUUUGCAGGUUACAGUGCCUGCUCAAGGCUGCCGCUCCAUACCGCAAAAUGGACGAGGUCACACUCGCCAAGACCCUCCUUCUGCUGCAGCGGAUCUUGAGUUGUUCGACAUGGCCCGUGAGAGGGCUGCUGUUGCCAUUGCCGCUCUUUUACAGGCGUAGUCGACGUGGGCCGUAAAGCUCAGCCGGUCAUCGAUCAUCACCCCCAGGUAUUUGAUCGCUCCACCAUCCUACAGAUAUAUGCCGGAAUCCUCAUAUUGAUGAGCGACGACGCAAUCGCUGCCCAACUGACGCUGUUGAAGGCGUUCUUUACGCCAAGGGUGAUCACUGCGAGAGUCCAGUCUAGUCCGACGCAACCAGGGCAGCUGUGUUCAUUGAUCGAAAUCGGAGAAGCGAGGCGGUCUGGUCAACGGCAUCCUCUCCCCAAACAAUCAGAACGGCUGCUCACAUCAGGUAUUCAAACCGCAGCAGCAUUCACCGGAAGUGAAUCCAAAUAGAAUCGGAGAUGGCGCGGCCAGAGAGGCCGAACACAGUGGUCGAAAAAAGAAGAUCCAAAAGGGCAGAUACCCAGCGGCCAUGAGGUCGGGACAGCCAGGUGAACUGUUCAAUACACGAGACGCAAAACAGCCAGGCGAUCGCGUGCAGUGGUCUAACUAAUCCAGGUGCUCAAUUUAGCCGAAUCGAAGUUGGAAAAGCCAGGCGGCUGCUCACGGUAGCCGAAAUAGAUGGGUGGACAAAAGCCAGCCAGGUCGACGAAGUCGGAACAAUCCAUUCUGUAAGCGAUUCCCGGAUUGUCGGGACAAUUCUGCAUCAGGUCAACCAACGACGGUGCGGCUUCCGCAGUGCCAACUCCGCAAAGAGGCCAGCAGCGGGCACGGCAAGAACGAGCACACCAGCUUCAAGUCUUCGUGCCCAAGGAGGUCCAGAUUUUUUUCUUGUUUCGAUUAUAGUCGUUUUACCAUCAUUAUGGCAUUCGCGACUUUAUCAACGUUGCAAUUGGCGGAUCGUUAUUGAAAAACUUAUCCGGUACAACUGUGUUGGAUGUUCACUCUUGGGCUCGAACUCGCAGACAUCUGCUCAGGAGACAACAGACUAGCCAACUGAGCUAUAUCACAAGCCCAGGAGGUCCAGAAUGUUUUUUUUACAAGAUGGGAAUUUGACUUCAAACCAUAACAGCCGGGUGUUUGCUUCCAUGAGUGGGUUCGACCCACUAAAACCACCUUGGGCUUCCUGUGCCAGAUGUGCCCCUUGGUUUCACCCUAUGAGACUUCAUCAAGGGGUGGAUUGUGCUCAUGCACUUAUACAUCUCACCCUUUUACUUCUCCUCUAUCUCAAUUUUGGUCUUUCUCCUUGAUCAUCGUUCUGCUUUAUCCACUUUUUCCUCCUUCUCCUUUUUCUCUAUCGCCAACUUCAGACUGGUACGGAAGACCCCGAAACGUAUGCCGUUUAGGUAAGGCUUUCAAAGUAACUCGCGCCCGUCACAGCAACCACUGCCGCAGGAUAUCUAACCACCAAGGCAUGGCUUCCAAGCUAGAAUCCCGUCACGACCACCCCGAAUGGUAUCUCCGCUUCCUUUUACUGCAGGAAAGAUCGUAGCUGAGUACGUGAGACACGUAUGAGUCCAGAUUAGGGUUAUACCGCGCCCUAAGAUCGCGUUGCUUUUGGAUUGAAAUGUCAUACGAGGCCCAAGACCUUCCAUGAGCUUGUCAAAUUUGGUUGACUAUCUCGCUCUCUCCGUUCAUCAUCUUUCCUGAUUCUUAUCAGAUCGCGCAGGAUUUGCGAGAUUUCGUCGACUAUAGCACGCCACGACUACUCGUCGCGAUACAUUUCACUCACAAUGUUUUCAGCGUUCAAAUUUUGAAGUUGUUGACGCCUGGAAAUGGACCUGGGACAGAUAAAGAUAGCAUGUUCUGCCGAUUCCUCUGUAUCUACGCAUUCCGGGCAAUAAGGCGAGCUGAUAAACUUAAACCGAUGAAGGCAUUGCUUAAAGCACCCAUGACCCGGAAGGAACUGCGUUAGGUUAAAGUUGACCUCUCCAUACUUCUGAUUUACCCAGUCUGAAACUCGCGGCAUAGGCUAAUCCAUCCGUCCAUCUUGCGUUGUUCGAUGCGUGCUCGUUGAAUUUUACGCACUCUUCUAACAGCUCUUGCUUUGUAACACUCCAUAUCUUCCGCCAGAGUUAUGUCGAUGGAAAUCAUACCCGCGAUGACAAAUGCUUCAUCUGCUGAUAUGGUCCUGUAUGCACAGGAAACUCGCAUGGCUAUUAGCCGAUGUGUGCUUCGUAAUUUGGAUCUGUUGCGCUCUACCUCUAUCGCGGAGCUCCAGGCCGCUCCUCCGUAUCGUAGUUUCGACAGUGCUACGCUCGCAAGGAGACGUCUCUUGCUACUCUUUAGACCAUGGCAGUUCGGCCUAAUCCAGGCCAAUGAAUCUAUGACUUCCGAUGCACUUUCACAACAGUAUUUGACAUGCGCACUAUAACUUAAGCGAUGGUCGCCAUUAUUCCAAGGUAUUUCAGCUGCUGUUUCGAAGAUGUCGUGUACCCUCCAACAGUAAUCUCCAUGUGCGGCACAACUCUUUUAUUGGUCACGAGCAGAACUUCGGUUUUAUGGAGAGCUAUCUGAAGCUUAACUCCCUCCAUCCAGAUGCCAACCCUUUCUACGGACACCGUUGCAAGGUCUUUUACCUCCUCGAUUGUUUCGCCGGUGAUCAUGAGCACAAUGUCGUCAGCAAAUCCGACUAUCAUUAUACACGGCAUUCCAAAGCACAGGUCCGAGUAUGGAACCCUGUGGAACACCCGCUGUUAGGGCAGUAGAUCGUAACCCAGUUUCGGUUUCGUACGUCAGGAUUCGAUUUUCGUAAAAGCUUCCUAUUAUCCUGCAGAGGGUAUUGGGAACACGCAUCCUGUGAAGCGCUUUGGCAAUCGCUUACCAGCUGGCAUUUUUGAAGGCAUUCUUAACGUCGAUCGUCCCAAUGGCGCAGUGACGAACAUCUAUCCGCUUCUUUUAUUCGCGUACACCGUAGAUCUCCCUUUCCGAAAACCGAACUGUCUGUCCGACAGUCCACUUUCGCCUUCUGUGUUGAUAAUAAGUCUGUUUAAUAUUGUCCUCUCCAGUAGCUUACCAAGGGUGUCCAGCAGACAAAUGGGUCUAUAUGAUGAUGGAUGCCCUAGGGGUUUCCCAGGUUUCGGUAGUAGCACCAACUUCGCCAUGUUCCACGAAUUGGUAAAAGAUCCCUCGUCGAGACACUUUUGAAGUCCAGAAUGUAAUGAAGUUAUCGUGCCAUAUUGUGAACAGUCCGGCGAGGCAGUGAACUGUAAGUAACACGCUUAUUGACUAUAAAUGGUUUAAAAUAUUGCCAAUAUAAGGUAAAAAAUUAACGAAUUACCAUCUAUUUUUAGGCAUCGACCACGGAUCCGCCUACAUAAUACACUUUUUGAUCCGAACCUCUUUAAAUGUACCGUUAAUUAAUAGGAUAUAAAAUUGUCAGUUUUUCGAGUUAUGCGAUUCCAUAACUAUCGAGCGAGUUUAAAGCAUGGAUCACCCAAAAUCUGGACGCAUUAAAAAGGGUCUAUCUCGGAGCUAUGUGAACGAAAUAAAAAUGUUUUAUAUUCAAAAUGUAGGGUUUUCAUUGCACUUUAAAAGAAAAAUAAUAAAAAAAAAUCUAACUUUUCGGUGAGUACCACUCAUUAUAGUUUGGACACCCUAUUCGCUGACCUCAGCGGCCAUUUUGUUCCACAAUCUCUUCAUCUCUGUUGCAUCCCGAGUCGUCCUACCAUUCUUCUUCAUCUUCUGCUUGACAAUUGCACAAAAUUUUUGGAUAGAGCGGAAUUGAGGGCAGUUGGGUGGGUUGAUGUCCUUUUCGACAAAAUCCACCCCGUUGCAUUGUCUCGAUAGCACUGUAGUACCUCUUUUCUGUAGUGGCAGCUUGCCAAAUCUGGUGAAAACUUUAUUGAUCCUUUGUGAGAUCUGAUGUACAGAAAAAAACGUUUUUCAGGCACUCCUCCUUGUACAUUUCAGAGUCCAUGGUCCUGUUUUUCACAAAAACCGGGGUUUUUCGUCCGCAGCUGCAAAUACCUUGCCAGAUCAAACACUUUCUUGCCAACUUAUCGGCAAAAACGAAUUUGAACUUGGCGGGGACAUCACCCCGACCAGUGGCUUCGUAAAAUUUUUGCCAGGAAGCCGCCCAAAAUCCAUCUUUACGUACUUUUCGUCAUCCAUGAGGAUGCAUCCGUCGUACUUCGUUAGAACCUUGUUGUAUAACUUCCGGGCCCGUUCUUUGGCUUCUACAUUCUUCUUCAAUAUCCGGUUUGGUUGCUUACUGGCCCGAUAAGAUCGUAUUCCUUCGCGCAGACGAAUCCUUCUGACGGUGCUCCGGUCGGCAUUGAAUUUCUUGGCGAUUUCAUAGUCCGACUGCCUUGGGUUUAUCUUGAUCGUUCUCAACACCUUCAAAUGCAGUUUCCGAUCCUUAGUUCCACUAUAACGCUUGGUAUGAAACUGACGAUCGAUAGUACGCAUCUCACGGAAACGUUUGAGAACGCUGCACGCGGUCGAUUUGACCAUCUUUACAGAUUUUGCUAUUUUUUAACCCGACCACGUCGGGUUUUUGACGUGAGUGUCCAAAAUUAAUUUUCGUUUCGCGGCUUCCAUCACGUGUAACUUUUUUGGAACAGAACGAACCGAAAUGAAAUUUUCAGCACUAAUAGAGGAAACAAUUCCGAACAAAAUACUGUCAAAACAUUCCAGAUCCGACAACUAGGAGCGCUAUGGUGUAAUAAACAGUGCGUCCAGAUUCUGGGUGAUCCAUGCUUUAUUCAUCGAUGAAAGCUUAGGAUGCCCUUUCCGUAAAAAUAAAUCUAUACAGUUUUAGAGAAAAACAAAUUUGCCUCUUUGCUGCACACUCUUGAACUUGAACAAACGUGUGUGGUUGCUAUCAACGGUCUCGAAAUGCUAGAGACACUUUCAUGUCAUCUUGAAACUUAUGCAGCUUUUUGGCAACAUUCAAAUCUUUUCGAUUGUGAGUUCCAUGGACGUUCAUCUUCAAUCAUUUUAUCGCAAACAAUCUUAUUUAGGAGGCCCAUUGUCCAUGUCUUAAACGAACAAGAAUAAAUUCCAAAUAAAUACCCAGCACCAACUUUUAUUAAAAGAGAUAUUUACUGUACACCUCUAGCUGGCGCUGCAAUGGAAAAAAAAACUCAUAAAUAUCCUAGCCUAGCGUGUUCGAAAAUGCCAAAAAACGUUUUGUUUCGUUCUUCUCGGCGGUCGCGGUGGUUGGUUGGGGGAAUGUCAUUUCAUUACUGCUUUCGCAAAUGAUUUCAUCUACUCCACUUGGUACUUACCUAAUCUUUUAGCUAGUCACGAUAUUUCCGAGUACUGCGGCAAAGUGAUGGUCUACAAGGGCUGGUUAUGUUGCGGUUUUUGGAAUGAAAAAAAAAGGUUGAUUGGGGAAAAGGAUUUUCUGAAGGAUACUUAGUUGUAAUAGUAAAGGAACGACGAAAUCGCAGGCAAUUAGCGUUUAUUUUAGUUCCAAAAGUGCUAAUAAAACGAAUUCGUCCGUGUUUAUUCGAGGAAGAAAUGAGUACCACUAUUCGUCUGGUCUAGUGAAUACAAGCUCCUAUCCUAAAUGCAGCAUUAUAGUUUGCGGGAAAACGAACCAACAACUGAUUAAUCCUUUUAGACUAAAAGUAAAGUUUCCGGUGGCAUUUAGAAUGCUUAGAAGCAACUUUGUUGUUUUUUCGGCAACAGAAAGAAAAACUCAAGGAAAAAACAACUGAUAAAUGCCUGAAAAUCUGUUCUUUGUGAAAAUUUUACUCGAAGGUCUGCUAUGUACGAAAUGUAUCAAUUCAGUACAUUUUUUGUAAAAACUUGAUCAGCUCAACAGCGUUUUAAAAUCUUUGUUAUUCAAGUCCCCAGCUAUUAGCGGUGUCAUUUAUGUAGAACUUUGGGUCUAACAAGCAAAACAAAAAUGCUCACUUAACGAUAAAAUAUUUCGUUAAUUCAUUUUAUCAUUUGGUAGUAAACAAUAGAAUUUACGAAAAACCUGAAACGAUGCAAAUUAAUUAAACUUAAGGCUUAUCGCAAGAUAACAAACGGCUCACAGUCAAAAGCUUAACGCAUAUAUGUAUGUCAGGUUAAAACUCGAAAGGCAAUCUUUUUGUUACCACCAUAAGCACAGUCAAAUUGUUAUUGAAAAAAAAACACAGUCUCCCUUAUUCUGCGCCGCGCAUGAGGUGACGAUUGUCACCUCACCUCGAGUCACCGUGAGAUUUGUCACCUUAUUCCCGGAGUCUGUGUGGGUGAAGUGACAGGUGCUCAUUUGUGGGUGAGUGACCAAAUGAACUUAUGUGUCUAACCGGCUUGGUUUGUUUUGUUUUGUAAGCGCUUUCAAACUUUUAAAUUAGUUUUUAAUUCAACUAGUAAGAUUUUCGGUUCGGAAAAGGCUACCGUCGAAUUGCACGAUCUAAGCAAGGCAUUCAAGCUAGAUAAGAAGUUCAGAAGUGCAGCGGAUGGUGUGAAAACAUAACCAUGUAGUUGGCUGAUACGAUGAUACCCAGAGGAAAAUAUGCAAAACGAAUGCAGGAGUCGUCGGCUGCUGUCCCGACAAACCGGUAUUGUAUUGUCCCUGGAUAAGAAAGGAUUUAACAACAAGGGUGAAUUGAAGGUGGCAGGUUUUGUUAGCAUAAUGGAAUGCCGCCGAAAAUUGGAAGCAACCGGACAACCUAUCGGCUAUCAGAUGCGGAUGCGAUCCAGGAAACAUGUUCGUCAGAAAGCCUCAGUUCCAGGCUUCUAUGGAUCCAACUGGAGAUGGGCAAAACUGGAGAUGAUCACUCGUUGAAAGGAUUAUAUUAUCAUCAACACCUUCAUACCAAUAUUGUGCUAUUAUUGUAAAAUUUAAAUUUGGAUUUUGAUUUCUAAAAUAAAUAACUUUAUACAUGCAGAAACAAACUUUAGAUUUGGAUUCGAAAAUCAGCUCUUUAAAUCAUCUUCAUUACAAUCAUCUUUUUACAAAUCAUCUUUUUCAUUACAAAUUUUUUUUUCACGGGGUGAAAAAAAUUGAUUUUCUUGAAAAAGGUAAAUAAGUUUAUCUGGGUUUUCUAAAAAUUGCCAUUGUUGUCUGUGGUGAACUAUUUAGAGCCUAACUAAGUUUGCUUUAUGAAAAAUUUUCAUUGAAUUUCUAUCUUGUCACCACCUGAAAAGGUACCGACAAUUGUCACCUAAAAUCGUCACCCGAAUGCGACGAUUCUCACCCACGGUGACUACGAGAAUAGGGUAAGAACUCACAAAGUUCAUCCGAAGUGACAAUCCUCACCUAAACCGACUACGGGAAUAGAGUGACUUGGGUGACUCGACUAUCGUCACGUCACUCGAGGCGCAGAAUAAGGGCCAGUAAUUAAAUAAUCUCAUAAAACAAUAUUACAUUAAUCGAAAUUUAGAAAGAAAAAAAAUCAAACAAAACGAUACCAAUGUAACACUACUCCGUUCAUCUUAAAAGUGCACUGAAUAUCUGAUUUAUUAAUAAACCCUACGAAAGGGAGUUUCAAAUUAUAAGAAAUGCUUCCACGAUCAAAUCGUUGAACUAUAAAUACAGAACUAAAAUAAACCUAGAACAAAUUUCUAUACUUUAAGAGGUAGUUAAUAUAUGUAAGCAUAUGAGCGGAAAUGUGAUGCGCUGUUUGUAUUAACAAGACUUGGUAGUUAAAUCUUGAGGGGAAGUGAAUGAUAAAUAUGUGCAAAAACAGUAGAUCGUAAUAGAAUCUAAUCGUAAUAGUAACGCAAACUCACCCGAAGAACGACUGAUCUUGCUUCAUUUGUAUUGAUUUCGGAACAAUUCGUUUGAAGAUAUUUUUUAUAUAUAUUUUUCCUCAAAAAAUUAUCUUUUACUCUUUUUACACUCCAUAUGAAAAGCAUUGAGGUUUUAACAUUUAUUCAUUACUUAAACAGUUUAUACAGGAUAGCCGGACAUUUCAACUUUGCGUUGAGGUGAACUUACAACUGAAAAAAAAUUGAAGAUUGUGUCACCGCAACUGUUAUGAGCUGUAUUCCACAAUAGUGAUAGGGAUGUGUAGUAAAAUAUUCAACUAAACAUUUGUAUACAUAAAAUCAGACCUUUUCAAAUA